AUGGCUAGAAGACCAGCUAGAUGUUACAGAUACUGUAAGAACAAGCCUUAUCCAAAAUCCAGAUAUAACAGAGCUGUUCCAGAUGCCAAAAUUAGAAUUUACGAUUUAGGUCGUAAGAAGGCUACUGUUGAUGAAUUCCCAUUAUGUGUUCAUUUAGUUUCUAAUGAAUUGGAACAAUUAUCUUCUGAAGCUUUGGAAGCUGCUCGUAUUUGCGCAAACAAAUAUAUUACUAAAAUCUCUGGUCGUGAUUCUUUCCACUUGAGAGUUAGAGUUCAUCCUUUCCACGUUUUACGUAUCAAUAAGAUGUUGUCAUGUGCCGGUGCUGAUAGAUUGCAACAAGGUAUGAGAAAUGCCUGGGGUAAACCUCAUGGUUUAGCUGCUCGUGUUGACAUUGGUCAAAUUUUGAUGUCUGCUAGAACUAAGGAUUCUAACAAGGAUGUUGUUAUCGAAGGUUUAAGAAGAGCCAGAUACAAGUUCCCAGGUCAACAAAAAAUUAUUAUUUCCAAGAAAUGGGGUUUCACUCCAUUAGACAGAGCUGACUAUGUUGCUAAAAAGACCAAUGGUGAAGUUAAAGAUGAUGGUGCCUACGUUAAAUUCUUAUCCAAGAAAGGUCCAUUAGAAGAAAACUUAAGAAACUUCCCAGACUACCAAUACCAAGCUUAA